AUGGCGUGUGAAAUACAUACAGGUGUGAACGAUGUUUUCACUAAAAACCAAAUCCAUCACAUAUUAAAGCAAUCACUUGGGGGUGCCAGUUUUCAACUUAUUGCUUGCGACAAGCGGCCGGCGGUGAAUGGAAUGGCCGGGUUUCUUGCUGCCCACUUUAGGGUGACUUUACACGUGAAAGUCAACGGGUUUGUUGAGAAGAUAAAAUUAUUCGUGAAGACCUUGCCUGACUGUAACGCACCUAAAGUUGAGUUCAUAAAGAAGUGUGGUUUUUUUGAGAGGGAGAAGCUGGGGUUUCAACUUUCCGAAGAAAUGCGUGGAGCUGAAGGACCGAAUCCGUGGUGCGCAAAAGCAUAUCUGUACAAUGAAAGAUUCCUCGUGAUGCCGGACUUGGCUGUCGAGGGUUACAGAACGUUAAUGAACCAAGAAGCCUUCGAUCUCAAGCACACACUGUUAACAACGGCGUCAAUUGCGCGUUUCCACGCGUCCUUCGCUAACUAUGUGACUAGACGUAUGUUACACGACAAAAGUUUUGACUUCAGUCGGGAGUACUGCAAUGUGUUGAUAGAACCUAUGUUCCGUGAGUCUCCGUGGUUACACGCGGCUGCCAAAUUAACUGUGAACCUCCUCAAGACAUUCUCUGAUAAAUUUAAUCAAUAUCCCCAAGAUUUAGAGCCUAAAAUUUUCAAACAGUUUGUAAAUGCCUGUGACUCCCUUAGAGAAUACGAAGAAACCCUUAAUGUGCUACUUCAUAAGGAUUUGUGGGUAAAUAACAUCAUGUUUAAGUAUAACGGGGAUGUACCUACAAAUGCUUUACUAAUCGAUUUUCAGUGCUUACGAUUUGGACCCCCUACAUUCGAUCUUAUGGCCUGCUUGUAUUUUACCACUGUGAGAAAGUUUAGAGAGCGGCAUGAACAGGAAAUUUUACGCCAUUACUUCACGAUCUUCUCAGAGACUGUGGAUGAUGACACAAAGAACAGGCUGCAAGAAUUAAAUUACAAUUUCGAGUCAUUUAUAGAUUGGUGCGAGAGAAGUCGUAUGUUUGCUAUUUUUGAAGUAGUUGGGAUUCUCCCAUUCGUGCUGAUGGAUGCUCAAACCGCACAGAAGACCUUUGACGACCCAGAUACUUAUGUUAAGUACUACGAGGAGGACCGGACCGAACCCGUGCUCGCGUACUGCCGCGAGUCCAAGGUCUAUAUGGAAAGGCUACUGGAAGUCAACGAAGAGUUUGUAGAGCGAUAUGUACUAAAGCAAAUAUGA